CAUUUUUCUUUUUGUUUUGUCUUUUGUAAUCUGGUCCUAUUAAAGGAUUAAAUUAGUGAUCUACAAAGAGGGUCAAUUUAAUACAAUGUUUAACUCCACAUUUGUUCGACCUGCAAAGUUCUAUCUGGGUGGGUUUUAUAACGUCCCACAUGUUAAGUAUUACUUUAUCUUCUUGUGCUUUGUGUACAUCAUUACUGUCCUUGCCAAUGGUUUUCUUCUUUCUCUUAUCUACCUGGAAAAGACUUUCCACACUCCUAGAUACAUAAUAGUGUUUAAUCUGGCUCUGACAGAUCUUUGUGGGAGCACUGCUCUCAUCCCAAAAGUCUUGGACACGUUUUUGUUAAACAGGAGAUACAUUGUUUAUGAGGCUUGCUUAAGUUACUUGUUUUUUGUUUUCUUCUUUGGAAGUAUGCAAUCAUGGACGCUUGUUACAAUGGCCUAUGAUAGACUUAUUGCAAUUUGCCUUCCUUUAAGAUACAGUGUCAUUGUUACACGAAAGUCUGUUGUUACAAUUCUGCUUUGCUCAUGGACUUCUGCACUGAUUAUCAUUGCAGUCUUGGUUGGUCUUAUUAAUCGACUCUCUUUUUGUGGCUCUUUAGUUAUAAAAAGUUUUUUCUGUGAUCAUGGAGCCACAUUUCGUCUAGCCUGCAAUGACACAUUUCUAAAUAUCGUAAUGGCUAAUGUUACUUUUGCUCUGGUCAUCUGUAUCCCUCUUGUGUUGAUAGGUGCAACCUAUGUUUGCAUUUCUAUAGCACUGAGUAGAACUGCAUCCAGAGAAGAACGACUUAAAGCAAUCCGAACUUGUACUUCUCAUCUGUCGCUUGUUGCUCUUUUUUUCAUACCAUAUGUGGUAACAAAUAUAAUUGCAAAUAUUACUGAUAUUAACCCUAAUGUAAGAAUCUUAAAUAGCAGUUUGUCACAUAUAGCUCCUUCUCUGCUUAAUCCCAUUAUAUAUGCUUUGAAAACAGAAGAAGUGAUGAAUGCUGUUAGGAAGUUGUGCAAAAGAAAAAUAACAAAAUGGUAAAAUGUCAUCAGUCAUCAGUUAAACUGCUCCUGUGGCUUAAUAUGUAUCCUGGGCUGAAACAACUGCAGAUUUCCUAGUUUUUAAUAGAAGACAGGUCGAACUCUGUGUUUCAGACUUCACAUAAUCAUCACUUAACUCAUUUGGUUUCAGCCUGUGUUUAUUUAUUUCACAAGUUAUCACUGCUUUUUUAAACUAAGAUUUUUGACAUAGUUUUAUUUUCUGCUUACUUUUCAGUUAA